AUGUCCUCCAAAAGAGUUUGCCAAAUCAUAAAACUGAAACCAGAAGCAGAAGCAGAAUACAAGGCCAUCCACGCCAAUGUCUGGCCCGGCGUCCUCGCCCCCCUAAAGCGCAGCAACAUCACAGACUACUCGAUCCACUACUACCCGCCCCUCCACCUCCUUAUCGCGACAUUCAAAUACACAGGGACAGACUACGAAGGGGAUAUGAAGAUUGUUGCUGAGGACGAGGAGACGAUGAGGUGGUGGAAGGUCACGGAUGGGAUGCAGGAAAGCUUCAUCGAGGGUGCCAAGGGAAGCGGGAAAGAUGUCCCUUGGUGGACGGAGUUGGAGGAAGUAUUCCGCUUCGAGUGA